AUGGAAAUCCAUUUCGAACAUUUUCCUAACGAAUUAUUAAUUGAUAUUUUGGAAUAUCUUGAUGCUCGUGAUCUGUUUUAUGGUUUUUGGGGACUUAAUAAACGAUUUAAUCAUAUUUUACAAUCGCUUAAAAAUAUUUCACUUACAAUGAAGAACGAUGAAUCAAAAUUAAUUUCAUUAUUUGCACCUCAAAUUAAAAGAUUAAUCGUCGAUACUUGUCUCAAUAUAGAUUUAACUCAGUUUCCUCAUUUGCAUUCAUUAAUCCUGCUUGACUUGACAGAAAUUCAACUUAGACAAAUUCAAUCGGAAUUUAUGCCUCAUCUUGUUUACAUUUCGAUUUCACCAGACAAUAAAUCUUGCAUUUUAUCUCAAUUAAUUCAAAGAAUAUUUUCACAAACAUUAUCAUCACUUCGCUGUGUUAAUCUUGGUUGUGUUCGUUAUCCUGUAUUUCACAUGUUUCAAUCAUACGUUCUUCAAUCAAUAACAAUUAACUGUACUUCAUCAAUUACAGUACCAUAUAUACUUCUUGCAUCUCCCAAUCUAUCUAAUCUUCGAGUGCAUUUUGAAGAAAAUAACUUCAAUAUUUUCUAUAAAAAUCCAACGAUUCCAAAUCAUCCUUUGAAAUAUUUCAUUCUAUCUGAUCCUUAUGGUUUGUUGUGUUUUAAACACGUCGAUACUUUUCUUACAUAUAUGCCCAAUCUCAAACGAAUCAAACUAAAUUUUAAUUGUGAUGUUCUAUUUAUUCAAUUAGCUAAAACUGUUGCAACUAGAUUAAUUUAUUUAAACCGAUUUGAUUGCCAUAUUGAUAAUACAUCAGCUGAUGCCGUAACGAGCAUUGAUGAAAUACAACAAAUACAUCCAUGUUUUGUUCGGAUUAAAUGUAUUACAGGUAACUAUGGUUAUCGAAUAUAUAAAACUGACUGA